CGAUAAAUGAUAAAUGACGUUUGUAAUAUUGAUAAGAAAGUUACGAUUGUAGUUUUUAUGUUUUUUCGUGCGAGAAAAUAACGUUUCUGUAAAAUGGGGAUAUUCACAUCUUGCUGUAGGCCAUCAGCUUCUGAAGUAUUGACUCCAGACUCCGAGACCAGACGUCGGCAGCAGGUAGAGGCGGCGGAGCGGCGCGCGGCGCAGGAAGCUUCGCGCGGGGUGAAAGACCCCAGUAAGGUGAUACGCAUCCAACAGAGAAGUGAAGAAAUGGAGAAAAGAGAACAAGAAUUAAAUCGGCAGGGUGGUGCUAAUUUGAGAUGGACAUCAGGCUGAGAUGAGGCUCCCAGUGGGAGUCAGAGUGGUCAGACUGAACCCAAGGACAAGAAUGAAAAAUACAAAUAUAAAAAUUGACCGCAACACGGAUUCAUCCUCCACACCUCACCUAAUUUAGAAAUGUAGUGUCAUGCAAGUAUGUAAGCUAAGAAUAGCACUGUGUUUACAAACCAACUAUUUUCGGCAAUUAUAUAUGAUAAUAGACUAUAAAAUAGCACUUUUACAUGUCUUUAAAAACUACAGAUUGUUUUGUAGUGGAAAAGAUGUUAUUAGAAUUUGUUGUGAUACAAAUCAAGUUAUAUAACAUCCAAAUAUUGAAACACUAGUCAUUCCUGUUUACACAAUAUGUUUGGGCCGUAAAUUGUAUUGUAGGUAUGUUAGUUUAUCAUAAGUGUUGAUCAUGAUGGCUCAAAUAUGUUUCUCAGUUUGCAUGUACUGUCUAGAUUCAUUCCCAGUGACCAAAUAAGCCUCUAGAUAACUAAUAAACUGGAGAGUACUGAGAAUAGAUACUGAGUCUGUCAUAGUAGAAUAUGAGUAGUGUUUCAGUAUUUGGACAAUAGUGUCUUAUUACUCUUAAAGCACAACUACAGCCUUGCCCCCUAUCACAUCUAGACUGAAUACAUAUACACUUGAUAUUGAACUUUAAAAUGUUGUAGUAUGGUUGAAAAUCAUAUACAUUUGGUAAAAAUAUCUAAAGAGUUAAGGAGUUUUGGACUCUAUUUGUGUAGAAUAAGGUUCAGUAUUGUAUAAAUCUAUAUUGCAUAUUUUUUAUUCACUUAUCUGUCAGCAACUGCAAUAUAAAUAAUAAGAUAAACAUGUAACAAAAUGUAAUCUUGUUUGUCUCUGAGUUUAUGUAGUAAUAUUAAAAUUAAAUAUGCAUUAUAUUGCCCCUUUAUUCACAUAUAUGUAAAUAGAUGAUUUAUUGUGAAAUUAAGUUAUUUUACUGUUGAUUUAUAUUUAAUGUGCUACUCAAAUGUAUAUUAGUUGUUGGCUUGUCUAUAAUAUUAUAUUAUUGGAUAUUAAGGGCCUGUUUCACCACUGUCGAAUAAGUCUUUAUUGGCUUACAUCCCGUAAAUUGAAUCCAUGGGUUGGUUAUUAAUCUUUUGUGGUAUAUGAGACAUAGAAAACACAAUGUGUGCGUACGGGGUAAUUUCGGCUAUUCAUAUUUUAACACAAAGAAAUAUGGAAUUAUCUGCUACUCAACAUACGACCCACGACGACGCGUCGUGUGAACUCGUGUGUCGCGGAAUGCAGCUCAUGAAUAUGAGCCUCUAGUAUAGUUUGAAUUAGUCGAGUUCCGAGGGCCGAAAAGCAUAAUAAUUCAAUUAGUAUGUCUCACAAAAUUCAUAAGUUCAAUUAAAACUUAACCAGGGACCCAAAUCUGCUAUGCACAACUGUCAGAAUGCAAGAGGGAUGGAGCUAUUAGGUUGUAUAGCUCUGUCCCUCUUGCACUGCUCAAUGAUUGAUCAUUCUGACACAAUUGUAAUAGCAGAUUAGGUUCCACGAUGUGGUGAAACAAGAUCAUAUUGUUCUUUAAGCGUUAAUUUUUUUGUUUUAAACUAUUUGUUUUUAUUUACGUUUGUAAUAAGUGUAUAUAAAAUGUUAGAUAUUGUGAAUAAUUAUUAUUAUUUUUAUGUCGUAGCCACUUUGCGAAAUAGUUGAUUUUACGACAUGUACCUAUGCAUAAUUAAGUCAGAUUGAGAUUUAAAAAUGAGUAUUAAUAAAAAUAAUCAGGAUCAAACUUUGUAUUGUACUCGAGAUGGUAUUUGUGAAACGUAAAAUUGUACAGUCUAGCUAAAUUAAUUGGCCUAGAAAAAUUGAGUCUGAUUCUUACUACCGAAACUCGAUGCGUCUUCACAAAUGAUAGUUGGAACGACACGCAUUCGUUGGAAUGCGUGAGUUUCAAUAGUAAGGUUUCUGACUAUUUCACUCGAAUUAGCUAAUUUACCUAUUGCUCAAUAUUACAAAAAAAAAACGAAAGUAUUAUACAAUAUUUUAGACUGUUGUUAUAAAACUUAUAAAUCAGUAUUUUUGCUAUACGAAAUAAUGUAGAAUUUAGCGAUGUGGCUACUACGUACGCACUGAAUGUAAUGGUAUUUAUAUUAUUAUAUGUGUUGAAUACAGAA